GCGUACGCACACAUACACAGAGGACAUUCAUACGUACCUUUCAAGAGCAUUUAUACCCAUUACCCCUCUGAUUACCAUAUCCUAUUUCUUUCUAUACACACUCCUAUACACACACGCACACACGCACACACGCGCACACGCACACACACAUCGAGCCUUUACUCGCAGCGGCCCCCGUACACACGUCAGACCGGCUACAUGUCUCAGUACUCGCCAACACUGAAAUCUUUAUCCAUUUCUAAUUCUCGCUAUCUCUUUAUUACAGUUGUUUUGAGGUGUUGCACCUCCCUUCAAACGUGAGAGCCAUGCACCCCCACAGCAUUCCUCGUGACGAUUCCGCUGGCACAGGUGGCGCCCAACACCGUAGCAGCCGCACCCAAACUGCCGCCCCAAGAACAGCUCCUCUCCACGUUGCGCGCUCAUCUGAGCAGCCUCACUACCCUGCAACCUCCCCCCGACCACAGCUGCCGCGCUCCGCCGGCUCCAGUACGAUCAAGACGUGGAGCAGUCGCCCGAGUACGCCCCUUAGCGGCCGCGCUUCCAAGGCCUCAACCACCGUCUCAUCACAUCGUGACAGGCCAGCCUCCACCCCGGUGCAGCGCUCGGCGAACAAUUCGACACCACGUUCGGCACGCGAUCGCACCGCGGCUCUCACACCUGCGGCAACAGCAACUGCUCGAACGCGGCUGCGAUCAACACCCCUCACGCGCAAGAAGCCGCUGCGUGCGGAGAGGGCAGCGGAAGCCCCGCCGGCACAGCCUGCAACCGUGCCCGUAGUGAACUCCAUCACCUAUAUUGCGCCACCCAUGCCAACGGCACCGCCGCUUUCGCUGAAGAGACCGUCAACUGCGCACACGACAGCCCCCCAGCAGUCGCCAUCUUCGGAAAAUGAGAAGGAUGGUGGUGUCUCUGUCCAGCCAUCGGUAACUUCGCCUGCGCCUGCCGCGCACCAGGCCGGACACGGCGUCCGCACCGGUGCAAAUGAGCCCUUUGCCGGUGUUGCGGUGGCUUCAUCCAGAGACGCCGCGGAUAGAAACAAGAGUGCACCGCCGCCAACGACGAAGGAGGAGAGAACAACCACGAAAAGCAGCGCGCCUGAGCGCGAGACGGGCGCUAAGGCUCCUGCUGCUGCCAUAUCUUCUUUUGCUACGAAAUCACACCGAGCAGCUCGUGUGCCACCUUCUCAAACGCGGAAGCAGCCUUCCCCUUCAGCGCAAAGAAAUCAAAAGACGAUGGAGGAAGGAGAGGUCCUUGCACGGUAUUUCUUGGCCGCACAUCGAACAGGCGACGCAUCGGCAGCAGCCAGCAGUUGCUUCCCUGCCUGUCCGCCAACGCCGCACCUCUGUCAGCUACCCCCUUGCAACGACGAGGAACGGCGCCGGCUCUUUAUGGCGCUGUCGUACGGCUCCUGCAAGGACUCUCUGUGGUCUCUGCACCGACACGUGCUGCCUUUUCUCGCCACGCACGCAUCCCUCGUCAUGCCUGUUACGGUGGCACAGAUGCGAGCCGUCCUGGGGGACGAUGAGGCGCUUGCCUCGCUCGACACGGCGCCGCCCUGUGCCGCGUGUGGAUCUUCUUCUGCGAUUGCACUUGCUCGCUUUGCCUCGGAGCUGUGCUCGUGGUUUUUUUAUGUUGGCGUGCUCGGCUGCGACGAGCAGCUCACCUGGACGGCGGCGUUGGGUGGCGUCCCGACCCUGCUAGACGUGGUGUCCGCGCCGUCAGAGGCACAGUCAAAUACGAAGACUCGCGCCGCGUCAAGGACGACGUCGCGCUCGUUUGCACAGCCAACACCGCAGCAUAACGCUUCUCUGGCGUCGUCCGUUGCGUAUUCGUCCCACGACGUUUACGGCCCGGCGUCACUACCGCAUGUGUUGCCGCUCCGCGAUGGAAAGAAGAAACAAGUCUCUCCGGGCGAGGAUGUAAAAGACAGCAAGCACAGGGAAGCGACGGUGAUGUGGCAGACAACGCGGCUCGAGCAAUCGAUGGAGGCGGCGUCUUCCACCGCCGCCUCGGUGGAGUUUAGCUCCGUCGCCGAGGUGCCGCCGUUUAUUACGAAGGACGCGUUUGUGUGCGGCUGCGACGUUCUGCAGCGGCUUCUGGACGAGCGCGCAUCCGCCAUGGCCGCCCUACGGACUGAAGAGGGGGGCCACUCGGAAACGCAGAACUUCCUAUCGCUGCUGUGUGCGACGCUGCGCUCCACUGACGUCUAUGAAGAAACAGAUACAAAUCAAUGCAGCACGCAAUGGAAGGACGAUGUGUUGCCGCCAGGGCGCGUGUCCCCCGCCGUACGAGCGAGUCUGCGCCGCGUGCAGUUUUAUAUCCGCCUGCAGAACUUUAUGCGGCAGCUGUGUUUUUACCAACGUGCACGUGAAGUGGCGCCGGGCCUGUGUGACACGCAGCUGAUCGAAGUCGUGCUACGGUCACGACUGCGCAUGACGGCGGCGCCUGCCGAUGUUGCCAAGACCUCGAGAAAGCAACAUCCGAAUAGCAGAGAGGAAAAAGAAAUGGAAAUACUUCCCCGCCAGUGCAGCUGGAUCGGCCGUUGUCUGCUCGACCGCGGCCUGCGCCACGCUAUCCUGCGAGUUCAUCCAGUCACCGCACGCAGUUCACCGAGCACAGCUACCAACACCACCUCAGUGGCAGCGGACACGCUCGAUGUUCUCCUCACGUUGCGCAGCCGCGAAGCUGAACGCGUCGUGCGCAGCGCAGUGGAUGUAAACUUCAGCGUCGCUCUCAGCGGCCAGCACCGCGAAUGUCCAGCGCCGGCGCCGGCGUCUACGUCGGAUGACACAUCAGGCCGUCACGGCAGCCUACCCGCCGCCGUGUUGCAGUUCUUUCCCAUCCCACGGUGGUCGCCGUGGCAGCAGCAGCAGCAGCAGCCACCGUCUCGCACAGCGUGGAAUUCAUCUCCCAGGACCGACGGCGUCACUUCAUGUCUCUUUGUCACCGCCCUCCUCGUCACCACCGCUCUCGGUCCUCUGCUGUACUGCGUUGUCCGCUGCGUUGAGCUGGACUGGCUGCCGGGGUGGGGUGCCGAUGGAGGGCCCCUCGCACCACGGCACAGCGUGGUCGGCAUUUUGACGGUGGACCUGUUAACGCUGCAGCGUUCGUUAAGUCAACUUGGGGUUUUGGCACUGGUGCUGCUGCUGACGCGCGCUGUAGGUCGCAGACGGGGUGCCGCUGCGGCCACGUUAGACGUGCAGUAUCGCCUGAUCCAAUCACAGGCGACGCGACUGGCCACGGUGUCCCCCGCGUGGCUCUACUCCGCCUGGGCGCUGCAGAGGGAGACGGUGGUGGCCGCCGCGGCUGCACAUCGCUGUAAGGUGCGACUUGCUCUGGCCUGUCGGGCAGCGGAGGCCGCGGAUGGUCGCGGCUCAACGUCACGCGCGUUUCUCUUGCUCGUCGCCUGCGUUGUAUCUCUUUCGGGACUGUUCAGCGUGGCGCCGGUGACCUUCUUUCCUCGCCGAAGCAUCAUCGUCGACGGGGUAGGGCUGGUGCUGACGAUGGUCUUCACCUGGCGCAGCGUAAUGCUCGCCUGGCGGCACCGUCAGCGCAGGCUGGAUUGGUGGUUGCAGCGCCAAGCCUGCUUUGCCGAAGGCUUCGCACACGACCUGCUGCGCACCAUCGCCCUGACGGACGGGUGGGCCACGAGAGGAGCCCCCACGGAGGAGGGGCCGCUUUGCUUUCUGCCGCCCGCCUCUGAUCUCCUCUCCACCGCCCUGUGCGUCAUGCCUCUGCCGCUGCUGGAGGAGCUUGCCACGGUGGCGUACGUCAUGCAGCUGUGCCAGAGUUUGGACAGCACGACGGAGCUGCGAGCGCGGCGGUUUCCACCGUGCGAUGUCCACCAUCUUCGUGACUUUCCGAUGCACUGCUUCUGGGAGCAGCUAUGCGGGCACGCCGCGGUGGCCUACAUGGACGGCGGCGGCAAUGAGGCUUCCGCCAUCGCCGUCGUCGAGCGUGUUGCCGCCGCCUGUGCGGAAGCUGUGGAAGAAGAGGAGGAGGCGAAGGGGCGCCACGCCCAGCAAUCACCCGUCGAGCUGCUCUUGCAGCUCCUCUUGCCGUGGGCAGCGAGGGCGAAUGUGCCGCUAUCUGGCGCCGCCGCGGACGCCUACGAGGGAGGUGAAGACGCGGAAAUCUGGGAGGUGCUUGCCCCUGUGGCAUCGACGUCAGCCACGCUGUGGUUACCGGAUGAGCUGCACGUUCCUCACGCUCCUUCCUCCCUACCACAGUCCUCCAGUGAACGCGCCGACGGGCCCGCAGAGCAGCCUAUCCCACUCGAUGUGGAGCCGCGCCGCAUGCCCUACUUGACGGUGCCGCAGCGGCGGCGGCUGGUCUGCGCCGCGGUGGUCUUUGCCGGAUUCGGUAUGGAGCCUCGCUGUUGUUCUUCUCGGAAAUCUCGAACAAGGUCGCCGGCAGUCUCGACAGCACCUGCGCAAGCGCGUGGAGGAGGGGACGCUUGCCUCACCGAGAGCACCCUGCUGUGCCUUGUGCAUCUCGUGUUUGGUCAGCUCUCCCUCGGGCUCGGGGGCAGGACGGCCGAAUCUUUCGCGGGACAGUGGCGCGAGGCGGAGCGUCGCACUCGAGCUGCCGUAGACCUUGUCCAGCGCGUGAUCGUGACAAUGCGACUGUGCGGUGGGAUUCGCGGCGCGUCUGACGCCGCAGAAACCGGAUGGUGCUCCAUUCUACCGCAGUUGGAGCACGUCUGUUUUGCUUAA